AUGAAAUUAAUAUUAAAUCUUAUUAACUUGUAUUCUAUUUAUUGCGUGAGUGAAAUAAAAGAUUCUAAAGUUAAUUAUAAUAAAUAUGUAAAUGAUAUAUUUGAUGAAGAACUGCAAGAAUCAAAAUGUUUAAGAUUGAACUGUAAAAAGCAUACUGAAAGCUAUAAUAAAAUACAAGAAAUUUACAUAGUUCAUUUUCAAAUAUUCUUUUAUAGAUUUAAUAAAAAACAAAAGUUUAGUUCAUUAAAACAAUUAUUAGCAAGAUUAAAAAAUGUUUUAGAUUACGAAAAGAAACACACUAUUAAAAUUAAUGCUGAUAAAAUAACAAAAUACUGUAUAAACAAGUUCUUUUUACAUUCUAUAUCCGUAUUUGAAUCGGAAUCACCGACUGAUUCUGGUGUUUUAAUAAAUGAAAAAGUUAAUGCUGUAUUAGAAGAAAUAGAUUUUAUAUUAAACGUAAAUAUUGAUUAUUUAAAUAGAAUAUUAAAUCUUUUAGAAAACAACCAAGAUAUUAAUGUUAUGAUCAACAGUUUUGAAAAUAGUUUAUUUGAUAUUGAAAGUAUUGAUAAUUAA